GCUGCGACGGCACCAUGAGCGGCCGGAAGCGCAGCUUCACCUUUGGCGCCUACGGAGGGGUGGACAAAUCCUUCUCCCCGCAUCAGAGUGUGUGGAAGAGUGAUGGACAGAAACAGUGCUUCCCUCAGGCACUAGACCUGCUACUAGUGGACUCGGUUCCCUCCCACCCUGCCUCACCUUAUCCUAAGAACACAGAUCUGUUUGAGAUGAUUGAAAAGAUGCAGGGAAGCAGGAUGGAUGAACAGCGAUGCUCCUUCCCACCGCCUCUCAAAACGGAAGAGGACUACAUUCCCUACCCAAGUGUCCAUGAGGUUCUGGGGCGAGAAGGGCCCUUCCCCCUCAUCCUGCUGCCCCAGUUUGGGGGCUACUGGAUUGAAGGCACCAACCAUGAAAUCACCAGCAUCCCUGAGACAGAGCCACUGCAGUCUCCCACCACCAAGAUCAAGCUGGAGUGCAACCCCACAGCACGCAUCUACCGGAAGCACUUUCUGGGCAAGGAACACUUCAAUUACUAUUCUUUGGACACUGCUCUUGGCCACCUGGUCUUCUCACUCAAGUACGAUGUCAUCGGGGAUCAAGAGCAUCUGAGGCUACUGCUUAGGACUAAGUGUCGGACCUACCAUGAUGUCAUCCCCAUCUCCUGUCUCACCGAGUUUCCCAAUGUGGUCCAGAUGGCAAAGCUGGUAUGUGAAGAUGUCAAUGUGGAUCGAUUUUACCCUGUGCUCUACCCCAAGGCCUCCAGGCUCAUUGUCACCUUUGAUGAACAUGUUAUCAGCAAUAACUUCAAGUUUGGAGUCAUUUAUCAGAAACUGGGGCAGACAUCUGAAGAGGAACUCUUCAGCACCAAUGAGGAAAGUCCCGCCUUUGUGGAGUUCCUUGAGUUUCUGGGCCAGAAAGUCAAAUUGCAGGACUUCAAGGGGUUCCGAGGAGGCCUGGACGUGACUCACGGGCAGACUGGGACCGAGUCCGUGUACUGCAACUUCCGCAACAAGGAGAUCAUGUUUCACGUGUCCACCAAGCUGCCAUACACAGAAGGGGACGCCCAGCAGUUGCAGCGGAAACGGCAUAUUGGGAACGACAUCGUCGCUGUGGUCUUCCAGGACGAGAACACGCCCUUUGUGCCGGACAUGAUUGCAUCCAACUUUCUGCAUGCCUACGUGGUGGUGCAGGCAGAGGGGGGCGGCCCCGAUGGCCCCCUCUACAAGGUCUCCGUCACUGCGAGAGAUGAUGUACCCUUCUUUGGGCCCCCCCUCCCGGAUCCUGCUGUGUUCAGGAAGGGGCCUGAGUUCCAGGAAUUUCUGCUGACGAAGUUGAUCAACGCUGAGUACGCUUGCUAUAAAGCAGAGAAGUUUGCCAAACUGGAGGAGCGGACGCGAGCUGCCCUUCUGGAGACACUCUAUGAGGAACUCCAUAUCCACAGCCAGUCUAUGAUGGGCCUGGGCGGCGACGAUGAUAAACUGGAGAAUGGCAGUGGUGGGGGCGGUUUCUUCGAGUCUUUCAAGAGGGUCAUCCGGAGCCGGAGCCAGUCCAUGGAUGCCAUGGGACUGAGCAACAAGAAACCUAACACCGUGUCUACUAGCCACAGUGGGAGCUUCACCCCCAACAACCCUGAUCUGGCCAAGGCAGCUGGAAUAUCAUUGCUUAUUCCCGGGAAAAGCGCGAGUAGAUUCGGACGCCGGGGCAGCGCCUUAGGCAUAGGAGCUGUGGAAGAGUCCCUGAUUGUCCCUGGGAAGAGCCCCACAAGGAAGAAGUCUGGUCCAUUCGGCUCCCGCCGCAGCAGUGCCAUUGGCAUUGAGAACAUCCAGGAGGUGCAGGAGAAGAGGGAGAGCCCUCCAGCUGGCCAGAAGACCCCAGACAGCGGGCACGUCUCACAGGAGCCCAAGUCAGAGAACUCUUCCACUCAGAGCUCCCCGGAGAUGCCCACGACCAAGAACAGAGUGGAGACGGCUGCCCAGAGAGCCGAAGUCCUGCAAGGCUUUUCCAGAUCCUCAUCCAGUGCCAGCAGCUUCGCCAGUGUGGUGGAGGAGACAGAAGGUGUAGACGGAGACGACACAGGCCUGGAGAGCGUGUCGUCCUCAGGAACUCCCCAUAAGCGGGACUCCUUCCUCUACAGCACAUGGUUGGACGACAGUGUGAGCACUACGAGUGGGGGCAGCUCCCCAGGCCUCACGCGGUCACCCCACCCAGACGCCGGCAAGUCGGGGGACCCUGCGUGUCCCGAGAUCAAGAUCCAACUGGAAGCAUCUGAGCAGCACACACCCCAGAUGGCCAGGAGGACUUGGGCUCAUCCAGUGACUUCUGGUUCCCUGUGUCUCCUGCCCCCACCUCUGGCUGCAUCUGUCCCCACAGGGUUGCUAGCUGCCACCUCAUCAGAAGGCAGGACUGAGCAGAUGAGGCCUCAGAAGCACAAGGAGAAGAUGCUGCACCACAUCCAGGCAGCUGGCCCUCUGCCCCACAGCCACCCCAGCCCCUGGUCCCUGCCUCCAACCCCCCUGGCCCACCCAUCUGGGCUGUCUCCGCAGGGCGGAGCCAUCCAGAGCUGGGGUGGAUGCUGCUGGCAUCACCCUCCCCACCCCGGGGUGGGGCUCUGGGUGUGGGCAGGGACUGUGGCCCUGGCUUGCCCCCACCUGGGCCUCUGUCCCCUGGGUUCCCCUCUGGAGUCACGGGGAACAGAGUAGGAGGAGAAGGAACAGUGUGUGCACACACUCCACUGUAGAAGCAGCAGGUGCAAGGUGUACAGAGUGAGCACUGAGCAGGGAGUCCUUGGGGGCUUCUGCUGUGGGACCUUGGGCAAGGCACUCCUCUUCCCUGGGCAUCUCUGCUGCACGUGGACAAGAUUAUUUCAGAGGUCACUGAAGACUGAGUCCAUGCACCUGUCCCAGAAGGGGGCCAUUGUCCUCCUGGGGACCUCCUCUCACACUGACUGCUCUCUGAGGCCCCAGGUGGGGCUAAGGGGCUGGGGCUGUUGUACCUGUCACCCUACCUGAGCCCCCAGCUUUACCACAGACCUGCCAACAUCCUUUCACUGCCUCCACACGAUGGCCGACUAUCCCCCGUUGGGAAGAGGGGCCUCCCUGGCUCCUCAUCCGGCACCCAGCUUAACCCUGCCACCCCAGGCUCCUGGGCAUUCUGGGCUGAGGGGUCUCAGCUGGUCUGGAGUCCAGGCCAUCCCCCUGCCCACCACGGCUGUGGAGGGGGCUGCCAGGCAUAGCUGCUGUGAGCCAUGUCCUUGUGUGUACCUGUUCACUCUUAGGAGCCAUGCCCAAGUCGAGACUUCCAGCCCCAACACCCACUUUGGAAGCCCUGUGGCUGUAUGUAUGUCGUAAGGGUUGUACAAAAUAAAUUCUAUUUAUCGCUAUUG